AUGAAUCGACGGUGGAGAUUUGGUGGGUUAGAGGAGCACCGGAUGGGUGUGGUGGUGGUGAUGGUGAUGGUGUUUCUUCUACUGUUUCAUCAUCUUCUCAGCCCAUGUUGGUCUCUCAACGUUGAAGGUUUGGCCUUGCUGAGGUUCAGGGACAGAGUGGUCAGAGACCCUUACGGGGCUUUGUCAAAUUGGAACAAGGAAAAUGGAGAAGACGACCCUUGUUCUUGGUUUGGGGUCGAGUGCUCGGAUGGAAAAGUGGUCAUUUUGAAUUUGAAAGAUCUUUGUCUUGGAGGAACAUUGGCCCCUGAACUAGGGAAGCUGGCUUACAUAAAAUCUAUUAUUUUGCGCAAUAAUUCUUUUUCUGGAAACAUUCCAAAAGAGAUUGCAGAGUUAAUGGAGCUGGAGGUUUUGGACUUGGGAUAUAAUAACUUUAGUGGACCAUUUCCAUCUGACUUCAGCAACAAUCCGUCUCUAACUACCCUUUUACUUGACAAUAACAGAUUUCUUGGUUGCAUAUCUCCUCAACUCCAUGAGCUGAAGAUGCUUUCUGAAUGCCAGGAAGAUCGGGAUCAGCUAACAGAUGCUACUUGCCUGACACUGUCUAUGAGCAGAUCUACCAGCUGGAGCACUGCCCAACCUGAAGAUACAGCUUACCGCAGGCUGCAGCAGGUGGCAGAUGAGAAAGAGUCAUCCAGAGUCAGAAGGGCUAAAGGAAAUGAACGCGGUUUGUUAUCAACAUCAGCUUCACCAUCUUCCUCACCACCACUUAAUCAGCCUUCUUCACCAUCUCCAUUACCAUUUUCAGUCUCAAUGCCACCCUCACUAUUUUCAUCACCAUCAUCAAAUUCCCCUUUACCAUCACCAUCGUCAAAUUCCCCUUCAGCAUCUCCCUCAAGCAGCUUUCUGACCCCUUCACCCUCGCCUUUGGUAGCACCAACUCCAGCCUCUCCAGUCCCAAUAAAUCCACCAACUACUAUUUCUCCAGCACCACAGUCCAAUCAAGAACCAAUGCCUUCCCCUGCUUCAAGUCCAAGUCAAGGGGUUAAGACUAGUUCUUCCAAGUCAAGGCAUCGUGUAGUUAUGAUUUGUGCAGGCAUUGUUGGCGGUUCUUUGUUCAUUUUAAUGUCAGUUAUUGGCAUUAUUCUCGUCCGAAGCAGUAAAGUUGUUACCGUGAAACCCUGGGUCACAGGGUUAAGUGGACAGUUGCAGAAAGCAUUUGUAUCAGGUGUACCAAAGCUCAACCGAUCAGAACUUGAGGCAGCUUGUGAAGAUUUCAGUAACAUAAUUGGAACCUUUUCAGAUGGCAACGUGUAUAAGGGAACUCUUUCAAGUGGGGUUGAAAUAGCAGUGACAUGUAUCACUAUGACAUCUGCUGUAGACUGGUCUAAAAACUUGGAGGCUCAGUUCAGAAAGAAGAUAGAAACAUUGUCCAAAGUGAACCACAAGAACUUUGUAAACCUUAUUGGGUAUUGUGAAGAAGAGAAACCAUUCACAAGAAUGAUGGUGUUUGAAUAUGCUCCAAAUGGAACACUCUUUGAGCAUCUACAUAUAAAAGAAGCAGAGCACUUGGACUGGGGAAUGAGACUACGGAUAGCCAUGGGAAUGGCAUACUGUCUAGAGUAUAUGCACCAACUGACUCCACCAAUAGCUCAGAAGAACUUGCUAUCAUCCUCUGUAUACCUGACUGAAGACUAUGCAGCCAAAAUAUCAGAUUUUACCUUCUUGAAUGAAGUGACUGCAGCAAAGAUGGGAUCUGCUGACAAGAAGCUCCGUGAAAAUAUGUCUGCAGAUCCAGAAAGCAAUGUCUACAGCUUUGGGGUUAUAUUGUUCGAAAUGAUUACCGGUAGGAUCCCAUACUCUCUGGAAAAUGGUUCUCUUGUAGACUGGGCAGCACACUAUAUGAAAGGGGAUAAAUCUUUACGAGAAAUAGUUGAUCCUACCUUAAAAUCUUUCCAAGAAGAAGAGCUAGGAGAAUUGUUUCAAGUGAUAAAUGAUUGUGUCCAUCCUGACCCGAAACAAAGACCGAAAAUGACGGAGAUCACAGGCAGGUUAAAAGAAAUCACAGCCAUGGGCCCUGAUGGAGCCAUACCAAAAUUGUCACCUCUUUGGUGGGCAGAACUUGAAAUUAUGUCAACAGAAGGAAGUUGA